UCCCGCCCGGCUUUCCCAGCGUGGAGUCGGAGGAGGAGGAAGCGCCCUCUCGCUCUUUCUCUCUUUCGCUCUGCUCCCCACAAAAAUACACAACACCGGACGGGACGGGAAAGUACGAGAGCCCCCCCCCCCCCGCUCGUCUUCCGACGAGUUGCUGUUACAUGGGGACACGCCAUGACGUCCACAGCGAGCGAAAGGCGGGCGUUUGCUCACAAAAUCAACCGGACCGUCGCCGCAGAGGUUCGGAAGCAAGUGUCCAGAGAGUACGGCUCGCCCCUCAUGUCCAAAAAGCGAGGAACCGUCCACCAUCCCUUACCCCUGACGGAGGUAGUGGAACCGGUGGAUUUUGAGGAAUAUGUGAGCAGUCACGCUCCCGGGGUGGAGCCCGGCCCCCUCAGACAGCUCAUGGAGUUCCCCCAGGACGACCUGGAGCUCCACCACAUGGACAAGGAGUGUACCACGCUGGAGCCUCCGCUGCCUGAGGAGGAAGACGCACUGGAUCCCAGAGUGAGAGAUGCCUUGGCCGUCUACACAGAUGACUGGCUUGUUAUUCAGAGAAAAUAUCAGCGCUAUAGCACCACACAGAGCCCGCACAGCUCAGAGCGACAGCGGGAGAGGCAACGAGGCCUGCUCAAACAGAACUUUGAACUGGAUGAAGCCGCCGCCGCUGAGCGCCAAGAGGACCAGGAGGACGCAAAGCGGCGGUCCGCUUCCAUCGACGAGACGCCGCGGGGCAGCUGGGCCUCCAGUAUCUUUGACCUGAAGAACUCCGCCCCCGACGUGCUCCUGCCAUCCGUGCUGGAGCGCACGGGGCCCGAGGACAUGGACUGCCGCAACACAGAGGCUCGCCUGCAGGGGCGCCACAGGGACCUUCUGGGCCUCUACCCGCCCCCCGACGAGGACGAGGCCGUGGAGCGCUGCUCCGUCCCCGAAGUACCCAAAGAACACUGUGGCCAGAGAAUCAUGGUCAAGUGUCUCUCUCUCAAAUUUGAGAUAGAAAUCGAACCAAUAUUUGGAUCGCUUGCUUUGUAUGAUGUCAAGGAAAAGAAAAAGAUUUCUGAGAAUUUCUACUUCGACCUGAACUCUGAUCAGAUGAAAGGCCUUCUGAAGCCCCACACACCUCACAUCGCCAUUUCCACUCUGGCUCGCUCGGCCAUUUUCUCAAUCACAUACCCGUCCGCUGAUAUCUUCUUGGUCAUUAAGCUUGAGAAGGUUCUUCAGCAAGGAGACAUCGGAGAGUGCUGUGAACCCUACAUGGUCAUGAAAGAAUCUGACUCUUCUAAGCACAAAGAGAAGCUGGAGAAACUGCGAUUGCAGGCAGAGCAGUCUUGUAGUCGUCUUGGCUGCUUCCGCAUGCCUUUUGCCUGGACGGCCAUUCACCUUUUCAACAUCGUCAGUAGCGUGGGAGGUCUGGACCGCUUGGACCCCGACUCCGACUCUGAGCGCAAAGGCCACGGCACGUGGAACGAGAGGAAGAAGAAGGGAUUCGAGCGGAUGAGUGUUGGCGACGACAUGUGCAACUUUGCCACUUUCCGUCCGGCAACGCUGACCGUCACUAACUUUUUUAAACAGGAGGGAGACAGGCUGAGUGACGAAGAUUUAUACAAGUUUCUGGCAGACAUGCGCAGACCGUCGUCUGUUCUGCGGCGACUAAGGCCUGUCACAGCCCAGUUAAAAAUCGACAUCUCCCCGGCGCCGGACUCUCCUCAUUACUGUCUGUCACCCGAGCUGCUCCACGUGAAGCCCUAUCCCGACCUGCGGGUUCGCCCCACCAAAGAAGUGCUGGAAUUCCCUGCUCGCUAUGUGUAUGCACCGCAUACCACCUACAGGAACCUGCUCUACGUUUACCCACAAAGUCUGAACUUCAGCAGCCGCCAGGGCUCGGUGAGGAACAUCGCCGUGAAAGUUCAGUUCAUGGCGGCAGAGGACCCCAGCCAAGCUUUGCCGGUCAUCUUUGGGAAGUCGAGUUGUGCUGAGUUCAUGAAAGAGGCAUUCACCCCCAUCAUCUACCACAACAAGUCUCCUGAGUUCUACGAGGAGAUGAAGCUGAAAAUUCCUGCCAACCUCACAGACAACCACCAUCUUCUCUUUACCUUUUACCACAUCAGCUGCCAGACCAAACAGAACACUCCUCUUGAGACUCCUGUGGGCUACACUUGGAUCCCUUUAAUGCACCACGGACGACUGCGCACGGGCUCUUUCAGUUUGCCCGUCUCUGUAGAGAAGCCCCCGCCCAGCUACUCUGUGCUCACCCCCGAUGUUCAGCUGCCAGGCAUGAAGUGGGUGGAUAAUCACAAAGGUGUGUUCAACGUGGAGGUGACAGCAAUGUCCUCAGUGCACACACAGGACCCCCACCUGGACAAGUUCUUUACUUUAGUCUACGUGCUGGAGGAGUACACCUUCCCCUUCCGCCUCAAGGACGUCAUCAUCACCGAGGCCAACAUGGAAGGCGAGCUGAAGGCCAGCAUGGCCGCACUGAGGGGAGCACUGCUGGACACCUACGUUAGGUUCCUACACCAGCUGCUCAACAAACUCAUUCAGCUUAUCAUCUACCCUCCGGUCAUUGCAGGUCAAAUUGUAAAUCUUGGCCGCGCUGCCUUUGAAGCCAUGGCUCUUUUGGUCAACCAGAUCCACAAGAAUCUGGAGGGCAACCAGGACCAGCAUGGACGCAACAACCUGCUGGCGUCCUACAUUUAUUACUGCUUCCGCCUGCCAACUGCUGAGCCAGCAAUGCUGCCGCCAACAGCUGGCACUCUAUCCUAUGAGAUGCCGUUGCAGUACGCCACCUUCUCCAGAGCGACGGGCCGCCCCAGCAGCCUUAACCUUGCUCGCUCAAAAAGUAUAAGCAACUCAGACCCCGACUUGGCCAGCACUCCGGUUUCUCCUGACGAAGAAGUGCAAAGGAUAAUCGGCAGCAAGCUCCAGUCUUUGUUUCCCCCCUUCCUUGCUUUCAGUUGCUAUUGUUCUCCAAUUUUCGCUUUUAUGGCAAUUACCAAACAAUUAUUCACUGUGUCCUUGCCUCCUGCCACACUGUCUGCGUGUGUCUGUGCGUGUGUAUUCUUGUGUCAGGGCAUUGAUCGCUCCCACUCCUGGGUAAACUCGGCUUGUGCCCCCGGGGGCUCCAGGGCUGUACUACGUCGGAACCCCAACUCCAACUGUGAGCUCAAGCAGGCAACCGAUCGCAGCAACAAUCGCAUGUCUGCCAUUCUGGACAGCGUGGCCUCAUUUUUGGUCCCUGCGAGGCAGUUUACAAAAAAGCUGCUCCACGAAGAGCUGGCUCUACAGUGGGUCGUCAGCACCAGCAGUGUGAGGGAAGCGGCACUGCAGCAGGCCUGGUUCUUCUUCCAGCUCAUGACAAAAAGCAUGGCGCAGCAUUUGUUCCUCACUUCGAAAUUGGACAUUCCCCGGCGGCAGCGCUUCCCAGACCGCUUUGUGGAUGACAUUGCUGCGCUUGUCUGUGCCAUCAGUGCAGACAUUGCCAGCCGAUACCACAAGGAUGUGGAGCUUGUGGAGAGGUUAAAUAGCAGUCUGGCCUUCUUCCUCAAUGAUCUGUUGUCUCUCAUGGACCGAGGCUUUGUGUUCAACCUCAUCCGCUCCUACUACAAACAGAUUGGCAACAAGUUGCACAUGACACCGAACCCUAGCUCUCUGAAUGCUCUGCGGAUGGACUUUAUGCGAAUCAUUUGCAGUCACGAGCACUACGUUGUCCUCAACCUGCCUUGCUCCACUCUCAGCCCUCCGGCGUCGCCUUCCCCCUCCACGUCCUCCACCACCUCACAGAGUUCAGCAUUUUCCAAUAUGGUGCAAGACCAAGGCGUGGCGACCAUGUUUGAGCUCUCUGUCCCAUUUCGGCAACAGCACUUCCUGUCUGGCCUGCUGCUCAUUGAGCUGGCGCUCAUACUUGAUCCUGAAGGAGAAGGGGUUUUUUUCCUUCAUAAAAAAGCUAUUUGCGCAGUUCACUCCCUGCUGUGCAGCCACGAUUCCGAUCCGCGCUACAGCGACCCUCAAGUCAGAGCUCACGUCGCUCAGCUGUACCUGCCCCUCCUCCCCAUCGUCACGGAGGCCCUGCAUCAGCUUCAUGACUUUUCGGACUCCACGCCGUCUCGAGUCCGCCAUGCCCACGCCAACGAUGCUGACAUAGACGGUAGCAGCACUAUCAGUCAGUCUGUUGCCAUGGCGAUUGCCGGCUCCCCAUUGCCGCAUGCCAAGGUUAACCCGUUUGCAAUUCCCACAGUGGCCGGGCGUCAGGGCAGCUCUCUGUCUGCCGAGUGCAGCCGAACUCUCCUGGUGUGCUUCCUUUGGGUGCUGAAGAAUGCAGACGCUGCUCUCCUGGAGCGCUGGGUAUCAGAUCUGUCAGUGCAGCAAAUCAACCGCCUGUUGGAUCUUUUGCAUCUCUGCAUCUCCUGCUUUGAAUACAAGGGCAAGAAGGCUCUGGAGAGGAUCAACAGCCUGACGUUUAAGAAGUCUCAGGACAUGAAGGCCCGUCUGGAGGAGGCCAUUCUCGGUACCAUAGGUGCUCGUCAGGAGAUGGUGCGCCGUUGCCGAGAGAGGAGUCCCUAUGGCAGCCAGGAAAACGUCAGGUGGAGAAAAAACGUCACUCACUGGAGACAAAACACAGACAGGGUCGACAAGACUAAGGCUGAGGUGGAGCAGGAGUCUUUGGUAGAUGGAAACCUAUCUACAGAGGCAUCUCUGAUAGUACUAGAUACACUGGAGAUUGUAGUCAAGACUGUAGUGGCAUCAGAGCUGAAGGAAAGCGUGUUAGGUGGUGUGCUGAGAGUUCUUCUCCACAGCAUGGCAGGAAACCAGAGCGCCCUCUUCCUGCAACACUGCUUUACGACACAGAGAGCUCUCGUCUUCAAGUUUCCAGAGAUGUUGUUUGAAGAGGACACGGAGCUUUGUGCCGACCUGUGCCUUCGUCUGCUGCGCCACUGCAGCAGCAGCAUCGCCUCUGUCAGAAGUCACGCCUCUGCCUCGCUUUACCUGCUCAUGAGGCAAAACUUUGAGAUAGGAAAUAAUUUUGCCCGAGUAAAGAUGCAGGUUACAAUGUCGCUGUCCUCGUUGGUGGGAACCUCGCAAAACUUCAACGAGGAACAUCUCCGCCGGUCUCUCAAGACCAUCCUGACUUACGCCGAGGAGGAUGUGGAGCUGCGUGACACCCCCUUUCCAGAACAGGUUCAAGAUCUGGUGUUCAACCUCCACAUGAUUCUCACAGACACUGUGAAAAUGAAGGAACAUCAGCAGGAUCCUGAAAUGCUCAUUGACCUGAUGUACAGGAUUGCAAAAGGCUACCAAAACUCCCCAGACCUGCGCCUCACGUGGCUUCAGAACAUGGCAGGCAAGCACUCUGAAAGAGGGAACCACGCCGAGGCGGCUCACUGUCUUGUCCACAGCGCCGCUUUGGUAGCAGAAUACCUCAACAUGUUGGAGGAUUGCCGCUACUUGCCUAUUGGCUGUGUCACCUUUCAAGUCAGUGCUAGGAAAAAUAUUUCCUCCAACGUGCUGGAGGAGUCAGCUGUAUCAGAUGAUGUCCUAUCACCAGAGGAGGAGGGUAUUUGUGCUGGAAAAUACUUCAGUGAAUCAGGCCUGGUGGGCCUCCUGGAGCAAGCAGCUGCCUCUUUUAACAUGGCUGCCAUGUACGAGGCCAUAAAUGAGGUGUACAAGAUUCUAUUACCCAUCCAUGAAGCCAACCGAGACUUCAAAAAGCUGGCUACGGUCCACGGGAAGCUGCAGGACGCCUUCAACAAAGUUUACAACCAAAGUUCAGGAUGGGAGAGGAUGUUUGGCACCUACUUCCGGGUGGGUUUCUAUGGCUCUCAUUUUGGGGACCUGGAUGAACAGGAAUUUGUCUACAAAGAGCCAUCAAUCACCAAGCUGGCUGAGAUCUCUCACAGACUUGAGGAGUUCUACUCUGAGAGGUAUGGGGACGAGGUGGUUGAAAUAAUCAAGGACUCCAACCCGGUGGACAAAAGCAAACUGGAUGCCAACAAGGCCUAUCUCCAGAUCACCUAUGUCGAGCCUUUCUUUGACACCUACGAACUGAAGGAAAGAAUCACCUACUUCGACAAGAACUACAACCUGCGCACCUUCAUGUACUGCACGCCCUUCACACUGGACGGCCGCGCCCACGGAGACCUCCACGAGCAGUACAAGCGUAAAACCAUCCUGACGGCAUCACACGCGUUCCCCUACAUCAAGACGCGUGUAAACGUCAUUCACAAGGAGGAGAUCAUCCUGGUGCCUAUCGAGGUUGCCAUUGAGGACAUGCAGAAGAAGACGCAGGAGCUCGCUUUCGCCACGAACCAAGACCCGGCCGACUCCAAGAUGCUGCAGAUGGUGCUGCAGGGCUGCGUGGGCACCACCGUCAACCAGGGCCCCCUGGAGGUGGCGCAGGUCUUUCUCACUGACAUUCCCGAUGACCCGAAGCUCUUUCGCCAUCACAACAAAUUGCGCCUGUGCUUUAAAGACUUUGCGAAGAGGUGUGAGGAUGCCCUGAGGAAGAACAAGGCUCUGAUUGGGCCCGAUCAGAGGGAGUACCACAGAGAGCUGGAGAGGAACUACAAUAAACUCAAAGAAGCGCUGGGUCCUCUCAUCAACCGCAAGAUCCCGCAGCUCUACAGGACCCUGCCAGCUCCGGCUACACAAACACAGCGGAACUCGUACAGUCGCUCCAGUCUCCGAAGAGUCGAGGGCUGAGGCCAAUCUGAUGACUUUGCAAACUGCCCCGCCAGACAGCAACUGUCACAGGCACACACACUGUUGAUAUUUUACUACACACAUACACAUAGUCACCCUGUCUUGCUAUUAUCACACACACACCCCCCCACGUCGUCGUCAUCAUCCCACACACACAUAAAUCACUCCUAGCCUUCCCUCCUCGCCUCCACUCUCACACCUCAGCUGUUUAUACUGGAAGGUUAUCUGCACCGCAAACAUCAUUUUUUAGAGAGGCCCUCGGCGAGUGCAGCACCGUUCUCACGUCACAUCGGAUCAACAUGCGCACCGGGACAAAAAGGCAUUCGUAACGGGACGCUUCGGACAGAAGGUUUUGAAGAGGGCUGAUUUUUAUCUUUGGAUCUUGACAAGUGUUUGAACUCCAGACUCGUUGGGUUUCAUUUCUCCCCCCCCGCCCCCUUCUCAUUAUUUGCUUUGAUUCGCUGCCUUGUUGAGACAUUGUUGCGAAGCGCCGCUGGUGGCCAAAGACAUUCAAUUAAAACGUCCCCGGAAAUUUUCUCUCCCUGUAAACUCGCCAAAUAACUGACAUUCCUCCGUCCUCGCCCCUAUUGUAGGAAUUUAAUAUGUACUAUAGAUCGGAGGGUGAGUUUGUUUGAGGCAUCAGGUCCGCGGUCCGCCGAGAUAUUAUAAUGAUGUCAAACGUCGGACCCCCCACUUUGGAAGGCACUGCACUCCCUCACCAAAUAUGUCCAAACUGUGACUUUGACCGUCUGCCUGCAUCCGCUCAAGAUGCGCUUUGUGAUGUCACAGGACGUGGGCUACACUGAAUGAACUCCUGAAGAAGCGUGAUACUGUUCUUACUACUGUACCAAUUAUAUUGCACUAUUGUAAACUUACACUGUAGUAGUAAUACUAGUGCAUUUCUGAUUCUAUCAAGACCUGAUUUUUUUUUUUUUUUUUUUUAACCUCUUCGAUAAAUGUUUUAUUUAUUUACAUGGACUUUUUUUCUACUGCCUUCUAUUAAAUUAC